UAAAGUACGAAAUCAUGACACUGAAUUUGAGAUUACCUACAAGCAACUUUACUCCGGUGGGUUACAGCAAAUGGCACCGAACUACUGAACCUCAUCUGCUCUGGACUGCUCCUCACGAAGCAAUACUACCAAAACAGAAAAACAAAGAGACUUUCGUAACUAGACAACAUCACACAGGUACAUCGGUAAAAUCCCAACAAAGCACUACCCACAAUGAUUCCACAACAUUCCCCAAAUUCACUAAGAGAACUGAAAGAACGAUGCUGGAUCAAGUUACCACAACAAAAAAUAUAAAAGAAUUAAUGUUACUCAUCAUGUCCAGGAGAGAGGCUAUAAAAGAUCUGGAGGAGCACUGUGAGCAACUUAAAGAGACAAACCUCCAGGUAGCCAGGAGCAUUGUGGAUACGGACAGAAACUCGCUCUCUAGGGAUAAAGACUUGCUUAACCAGCAAGAACACAUGAGGAGAUCAAUGGUAGGUUUGAAGCGAUGGAGUGACAGUCAAAUUAGAAGUAUCAAAGCGGAGCUGACAGAUGCAAAUGAAACAUCACAGACACGUCUGAGUGGUUUGCAGGAGCAGCUGGAUGUGUUGAAAGCUAAAGUGAUGGCGGCUCAAAAGCAACUGCACAGUCUGAAGACAUACAAAGAUAUGAAGUUCCCAGUCAAGGCCCUGCAGAUUGCAGAGAUGGAGAGACAGCUGAAAAGACUGAGGGAUGUGCAGCAGAAUGAGAAGGAAGAUGUGAGUUUGGUGUUUGAGAAAGAAAUGGUCAAUUUAAAGCGACGUCGCCAACAGAAAGAACAGGGAGUUCUGUCUGCUUUUGUUGAGAAGCAUGCAUGUGGAAUCCCUCCCGUUGUCAAACUGAUGGCCUCACAAAACCACAGGAUGAGGGAAGAGAUCCAUAUGCACAGACAGGAAAUAAUUCAAUAAUUCACGAAGAGUAUUCGUGAACUGCAACUAUCAAGACCAAACAUCAGGAGAGAGAUCUUUCCAGAUGUUUUCCUCAAAUCAGAAAAGUGUACUCCAGAUAUGGAUGUCCAUCUCAGCGUACCACGAAAGGAUUUACUCCCCACAUAAACCUGUCCUGACGGCAUUACCUUUUUGAGUCUUGACUUGAGCAGCUGUAUAUUAGAGAAGAAAAUUAAGGAAGCCCUUCAUUAAAUCAUAUUCUGCAGAGACGAAACAUUUAAUUGAUUGUUUAAUUUGAUUUAUUUCUCUUGGUGUCCAGUAUGUUUAAGUGGGUUUACCGUACUGUA